UGUAUUUGUACCCACGUGCAUAUGUCAUUGGUGUGGACUGAAUGAGAUGUAUUGGCGAAAUUUUUCUUUUUCUAGCUCCUGUUCAAAUAUAUAUUGAGACCUGAGUAUCGACCUUAAAUGCUUCUUUUCGCAGAUUUCCAAGAUUUUUUUGUGAGAUAAAGAUACAAUUCUUUAAGAUGGCUUCUCAUAUUCUCCCUUCUAAGGAAGAAACCUUCAAUACCGCCCCCAACGAUUCUCAUGGUCCCGGUUGAGCGUUCACGAGCAGAGGCGUAAGUCGCUAGCUGAGGUAGACAGGGCGCCUGUGGGUUUCUCCCAUCUGCGAGCCGUCCUUGUCGCUGGUACGGGCUUCUUUACAGAUGCCUAUGACCUUUUCAGCGCAAACUUCAUUACUGCAAUCAUUGGUUUGGUCUAUUUCCCGGGCCACAAGAUCCCCACAUCUGCGGAUACUGCCAUUAAGCUUUCCACGACAGCAGGCGCAGUUAUUGGUCAAGUCAUCUUUGGAUGGCUCGCGGACAAAUUGGGAAGGAAGAGAAUGUACGGCCUCGAAUUGAUCAUUAUAUUGGUUGGGACGUUUGGUCAAACGAUAACUGGCCAAGGUCCCGCUCUUUCCUUUCUAGGGCCGUUGAUAUUCUGGAGGGUUGUCAUGGGUAUUGGUGUCGGCGGUGACUAUCCUCUCUCGUCUGUGAUCACAUCUGAGUUUGCAACGGUCAAAUGGCGUGGAGCGUUGAUGAACGCGGUGUUUGCAAUGCAGGGAUUUGGCAACCUCGCGGCAGCGUUAGUCUCCUUUGUUUGCGUCGUUGCUUCGAAGGACGCCUUGUUACCGGCCGCCACACCGGCGCAGUGUGAUGAGCGAUGCCAGAUCGCUGCCGAUAAGAUGUGGCGCAGUAUUGUUGCCUUCGGCACGGUCCCAGCUCUUGCAGCGGUGUACUUCCGCUUGACAAUCCCAGAGACACCACGGUACACUGCAGAUAUCACCUUGGACGUCGAAAAGGCGAAAGCGGAUGUUCGGGCAUAUCUUCGUGGUAAGCGACAGGGACAAGCGGAGGAAGGUCAUGCCUAUGUCGCAGAGACCCGCAGAAAGAACGAAGCGCCCAAGGCAACAUGGUCUGAGUUCUUCACCCAUUUUCGGCAAUGGAGGCAUGGGAAGAUUUUACUCGGAACUGCAGGGUCAUGGUUCUUCAUUGACGUUGCCUUCUGGGGCCUAGGCUUAAACAAUUCCGCCAUUCUUGGUGCAAUUGGGUACGCCAGCUCCAAAAACGUCUACGACAACCUAUACAAUACGGCCGUCGGCAAUCUCAUCCUAGCCGUCGCCGGCAACAUCCCAGGAUAUUGGGUUUCGGUUGCGCUUAUCGACACAAUCGGCCGUAAACCCAUUCAGAUGGCCAGCUUCAUUAUUCUGACGAUAUUGUUCUGCGUCAUCGGAUUUGCCUAUCAUUCACUAUCGUCACAUACGCUCCUAGCGUUGUACGUCCUUUGCCAAUUCUUUUCCAACUUCGGGGCAAACUCUACGACGUUCAUUGUCCCUGGCGAAGUGUAUCCCACACGCUUUCGGUCGACAGCGCACGGUAUCUCAGCCGCUGCGGGAAAAGUCGGUGCUGUCCUCGCUCAGGCCUUAAUUGGGCCCCUAAGGAACAAGACUGGCACGAACAAGUGGCUGAAUCACGUCAUGGAAAUUUUUGCUCUCUUCAUGCUUUGUGGAGUAUUCACCACCCUGCUGAUUCCAGAGACAAAGCGUCAAACGUUGGAGGAGCUGGCAGAAAGAUAUCACGGUGAUAGAGAGAGCAUUGAUGCAUCACCAACCGAGGACAUGGUCAUUACGAAGGAGAAAUGAGAACUGCGUGAGAGGACAACGGUACGUGACAGAAUUUUAUGGAUUAUUGGAGUCCAAGCUUCUGCCUGAUACCGGGCUUGCUUGUGGUUGGGCUGGAGGGAGUCCGGAACUUUUCUGUGUUUCAUCGUCAUGACUGUUCAUUCCUUGAGAAGAAUUCUGACAUCGCGUGACUCAAUCCAAAUUGAAGCGGGAAGACAUACUGUGGAAAGGAAGCUAAGUAGAAGUCGUAUUGAAACAAUCAGCUUGGCUAUGCGCAAUCAGGCAGCCUCCUGAAUCCAUGGAGAGGCAUGUCAUUAAAUGGAGAGUCUAGACAAUGAAACACAUAUUAGGCCGAUACCAUUACGCGAAAUGCAACGGGAUCUAUGCCUACGCCCAAAGACUCAGCAUGUAAAGUUCGCAAAGUCCAUUCGAGGAGAAUGUCCACAGUGCCGAGUAAAGGAGCAUAAUCCCACGGAAUGAUCAUUGCAUAUCCAUCAGCUCGAAAACCG